GUGGGAUGCUUGAGCCGGCCACCGCUGACAUCUCCUCGUUGCCGGUCACUCUCUCGCCGUCUUUGUCAACCCUCUUUGCUUUGUCAACACCUCCUCUCACCUCAGCCCACUUGUAUAAGCAUCGGUUUCAACGCCCCACCCUUCUCGGACUUACUCUCACCCUCCCUCGUCCAACACUGCAGCCAUGGUCCUCAACACUGAGCUCACUCGCCUCCUCAACAUCAAGCACCCCAUCGUGCAGGGUGGUAUGCAGUGGGUCGGCUUGCCCGCGCUCGCCGCCGCUGUCGCCAAGGCCGGUGGUGUCGGUAUCCUCACCGCCCUCACCCAGCCCAGCCCCGACGCUCUGCGCGAGGCCAUCCGUGAGACGCGCAAGAUCAUCGGCGACGGCCCCUGCCCCGGCAAGUUUGGCGUCAACAUCACCCUCCUCCCCUCGAUCACCCCUCCCGACUACGCCGGCUUCGUCCGUGCCGCCAUGGACGAGGGCAUUGAGAUCUUCGAGACCGCCGGCAACAACCCCGGACCCAUCAUCCAGCUCAUCAAGACGUACAAGGCACCCGGCCAGACCUCGGUCCCGAAGCGUAUCGUGAUCCACAAGUGUGUUGCCGUCCGCCACGCGCUCUCGGCUCAGAAGAUGGGUGUCGACGUUCUUUCGAUCGACGGCUUUGAGUGCGCCGGCCACCCCGGUGAGGAGGACAUUGGUGGCCUCGUGCUCCUCGCCCGCGCCGCCAAGGAGCUCAAGAUCCCCUUCAUCUCGUCGGGUGGUAUUGCCGACGGCCGCGGCCUCGCUGCCUCUCUCGCCCUCGGCGCCCAGGGCUGCAACAUGGGCACGCGCUUCAUGGCUACCGUCGAGGCCCCCAUCCACCAGAACAUCAAGGAGAAGAUUGUUGCCUCGAACGAGCGUGACACCGUCCACAUGUUCCGCACGCUCAAGAACACCGCCCGUGUCUACAAGAACAAGGUGUCGACCGAGGUCGUGCGCCUCGAGAACCGCCCUCACGGCGCCAAGUUCGAGGAGCUCCGUGAGCUCGUUGCCGGUGCCCGCGGCAAGCUCGUCUACGAGAACGGUGACCCCGACUACGGCAUCUGGUCGGCGGGUAUCUCCAUGGGCCUGAUUGACGACAUUCCGACCUGCAAGGACCUCUGCGACCGGAUGGUUGCGGACGCCGAGAAGAUCAUCACCGGCCUCGCAUCUACCGUUGUGGGAAGCAAGGCCAAGCUCUAGAUUGUGGUGGACAUAGCACCGCUAGAGGGAUUUGUAGAAAGGAACAGCAGUCUUGAGUGAGCCGAGAUGAGAUGUGAGACGAUCUUGGUCGCCUUG